AUGGGGAAUGUAAGCAGUGAUACAAUCUUUAAUUGUUGGGUUAAAACUGGAAUAUUACCCUCUACCAGUGACAAUGAUAUAACCAAUGUGAUGCAAAUUCAGCAAGAUAUUUUAGAUAAUGAAGUGGCAGAUACUAAUCAACUUAUUGAAGACUUAAGUGUUGCAUCUGACAACCAUCUUGCUGUUUCCUUGGCAGAUGCUUCAAAUGAUUUUUGUGAUUUAGAAGAAGAAAUACUAACUGAAGAUGUUUUAAAUGAAAAUGAUAUCAUUAAAUUGAUUCAAGAGGAAAUGAAUGAAGAAAACAAUAAUUCAGAUGAUUCUGAAGAUGAACUGGUAUUAGUUUCUUUAGAUAAUGCAACAAAAUCUUUACAAACUUGGGUGACUUUCUUUGAGCAGCAAGAAAUGGAUGAAUUUAAGAAAGAAGAUGUACGCGUUUUUAAAAAGUAUCUUAAAACACUUCAUGAACUUAAAAUGCAAACUAAAAAGCAAGUUCAAAUAACCAAUUUUUUUAGUUGA